GGGAAAGAGAUCUGCCAGGGUACAGACUUCAGCCCUCAAAGACACCAAGACACAACGGGCUGAUACAUGGAUUUCAAAGUCUCCUGGUGUUUUAUCGUGCUUCUCCUCCUGUGUGGCAUGGACGCAGAGACGGAGCACAUGGUAGGAGCUACAUCCAUUCGGGAGAGAUGUGAGUGUUUGAAGACCAUUGACAAAGUGCCCUGGAGACGGAUUGCGGAUUUCGCAAUCACAAACAAGGGCGCUCUUUGCAAGAACGUUCAGAUUGUCCUCUAUCUGAAGGGUAAGAAAGAAGUGUGCCUGAAUCCAGACUCAAAGCAGGGGAAGAGACUGCAGAAAUGCUGGCAGAGAAUCUACGAAAACCAAACAAGAAAGAAAGCGUGCUUACGACACAAACGGCGGAGAUCCAAGAACUGAACACGGUCGUUGUAACCUGUGGGAAAUGCGCGUCCCUUUCACAGAUAACAAGUUAUCUCCCCCGCUGAGCAUCUGUGAAACGCAACUAACGAUUAUUAUUGAAUCCAAGAAAACCAGGAUUUUACCUCACAGACCAUUAUUAUUGUUAAUACCAGUGUUUCAUAACCCACAUUUGCUGUCCUGUAGGCUUUCACUCCGACGCUAAAAAAGCACACCUCUUUCAAUAAUAAUCACAAAAUAAACAAAUUAUUUUAGGAAUGUAUUGAUGACUGUUUACACAUAAAGGUAUUUUGGGAUACUGAAUGCUUCAGCGUUAAGAAAGAGGCCUAGAUUAUGUCUACAUUUGUUCUUAAUGUUACUCCUGAUGAAAUGCAUUGUUUGCUUCACAAACACAGUUUGCUAAGUUCAGCCAUCAGAAAAAUGAUCUUUUCAAACUUAAUGAUUAUUAAAUGAUUAUUUUUCUUGCAAUAUGAUCACCAUCCUUGUUUCGGUGACAAAAAAACUAUGGAUUUAUUUUACACUCCACUUAAAGACUUAAAAAGCACCCAUUUUUGAAUAAUUUCAUGAAUUCAUAAUUUCAUAAAAUAGGACAGAAAUCCUGUCAUUAACAAGCCUCUGCAUCUUCUUAUAAUGUACCUGUAAAGUGCCACCUGAAGGAUUGUUGUGUUGUUCAAUGUCACUUCAUUUCCACGCCUUGCUGUCCUUGCUUCCUGUCCUGCAAGGUUUAGGCACAAGGGACCGUCAGCCAAGGUCAACUGAGUGGGAGAUGUAACCCUGGGAAUUAAAAGUGGAGUUUUUAGAAUAUAGAGACGCCCUCUGAGGGUAACCCCUCUUUGAUGAAUGGACAUUUGUUCUUUUAUUGAUUUAGGCUUUGACCUGGUUGGUCCAGAGCAACUUAAAUCUUCCUCUAAAAGCAACAAGUACAAGUCUCCAUUAUAAUUAUGCAUAAGGACAUUGCUCCUCAGUUAACCAUCUGUAUGAAAAAACCGGGACCCUGCAGGUUGGGCUAUUAUCAUUUUUUUUCCAGCUUCUUAAAUGAAACUGUACAUUUUAUGAUUAGAUAUCUCUUCAUUCUCAUCUCAGAGUGGCUGCUGGCAGAUUCAGUACAAUAAUCCUUGGAAAUCGGCUAUUGAGGAAUAGCCCAGAUUGCAUUACAUUACAGGCAUUUAGCUGAUGAUCUUAUUCACUCACAUUUUUUUACAUUUAUACAGCUAGAUAUACACUGAAGCAGUUCAGGUACCUUACUCAAGGACACGAUGGCUUUGUCUUGACUGAAAAUCAAACUGGUCACACUUUGCAAUAAGGUUAAUGAAUUUGCAUUAUAGGUAAAAUAGGUCAUUGCCAAUAGUCUUUACAUAGAGGAGACCAAAGAUUCACAUGUAAAAUUGUAUUGUUAUGUAGCAUGCAGUGUGUACAUACUGUGAUGUCUAAUGUGUUUGAUUAAUUUAGUCAAAUAUGUGACAGUAUGAAAUGUGAACAAUAUCCAUUUGUUACAUGAUUAUUCUGUCAAUUGCAUUUCUUUAUGUAAUAUGUGCUGUGUUUGUACAGUAUAUAUCAACAUAAUCAAGUGAUUCCCUUUCAGCAAAUGUGCAUUAAGCAACUGACCAUUGAGCUGACCAUUAAAAAUAUUCAUUGCCUUUGUUAUAUUCAGUGAAAGUUCAUUCUAUAGUGGACUGGACAUCAGUUGUAUUUAAAUGUGCUUAAAACAGUUUUUUUUUUUUCUUGAUAAGCAAAAUGUAGCACAUUGAUUCAGGAGAUUGCUGAUCUCAGCAGCAUGUAAGGGAAAAAAAAGGAACUCUUAAUUUGUCAGAGCAAGAGCUGACUGAAUGCUGGUCUGUGUAUUCAAAUGCAUCGCCUUUUUCCCGGUGAAAAUUCAUAUUUUGAAAUGCUGUGCUUGUGCAUGAAUAAAGUUUUUCUUGGUAGCACACAGA